GACGGGCAAACCGGCAAGGAGCCCGGCUAUUGGGCCAAAGAGACUGGCUGGUCGGCUGGUCGGCUGGCCGGCUGGCUUGGGCGAAUUCACUCGCCUGACUCACUUGGUACCCACUCGGUCGGUGUGCACUGCACCAAGUCGACCGAUUUGGCCAGACGAUUUGCUGGCACACGUCUUGUCCCUCCCGGUGGCCGGGCCGAAGCGUGCCGGUUGGUCGCCGGCCAGACGACCAAUGGACGGGCAAACUGGCCCACCCCGACCGGUGCCACCGAUUGGCCGCCCACGGGAUCGAUGGGCCGGAGUUUGCGUCGCCUGACCUGGCAACCGGAGCCCGGUUGCCGGGCUACAGCACACAGGCAUCGAUCAGCCCAUUGCCGUGGGCCUGAAAGCGGCAGUAGCCAGGCUACAGGAUGCACACAGACAGUGACGCGGGAGGGUCUACUUUUGUGUCUUUUGCUGCAAGUUGUCCGGCCGGGACGGGGCAAAACGCGCAGGAACUGGGCGCAUGGCAGCCAGGCCAUGUGGCCUUGCUCCGGCCCGAAGGUGGGCGAGAGGAUGGUCCACGUGUGUCCGGUUGCAUGGCGGUGGAGGCGAACGUUGCGGUGGUGCUGUUGGUACCGAUUGCCGGUUGCCGGGCCUUCUGCUCGUCUAAACAACACGUCUGACCCAUUGGAAGCGGGAUUGGUGCAGGAAAAACCCACCGAAUGA